UUUGGCGGCUGGGACAGCGUGACCAGAAAGCCUGGACAUGGCUUUCUCCGCCGGAUCCCUAUUGGUCCCCGCCGGCAAGUCGGCGGCGCAGCUAGGUGGCAGGUUGUUACAGCCCAGGAUAUGGUUGGGGUUCCCAGACUCCUGGGGCCUCCCUGUCUUGCAGCAGGCCCGUGGCAAGGCGCGCGGAAACGAGUAUCAGCCGAGUAACAUCAAACGCAAGCACAAGCACGGGUGGAUCCGGCGCCUGAGCACGCCGGCCGGCGUUCAGGUCAUCCUCCGUCGCAUGCUCAAGGGCCGAAAGUCUCUGAGCCACUGAGGAUCGUGACGCUGCUGGCAGGACUCCGGUUAAAGCAUUUCCCUUGCCUAGGACCUCACCUCGCGCCUUUGCGGGGAGCUGGGGAGCAGAGAAGACUUGGGCAUAAAUGCUCCCCAAAUCGUGGGGUUGGCUUAGGGGAAGAAGUUGGGUGGGACUGAAAGUGGGGGAGUGGUAGUCAGCUUGGCCAAGUCUCUUUUUAUGCUUUUAAAAUACGAAGAAUUUCGAACAUUUGGUACAGUACACAGAACAGUAUAAGAACCGCUGUGUCCCUAGUACAAAGCUCGGUCCGCCAGCCAUCCACAACCG